AUGUGUAUUACUAUUAGCUUCAAGGAAACAACCUUUAGAUUCUUCAUUUUAACCAAUUUUCUUUCUCACUUGGUUAAUCCCCUUUCGUUCAGUAUAUCCCAAUUCAACCCUGACACAGAGAACAUACUUUAUGAAGGCGACGCUACACCUAGAAAUGGAAAUGUAGAACUCACCCCUGUCCAUGAAAUGCUCCGAGUAGCGCGGUGCAGCUAUACAAAACCGUUCCAUCUAUGGAACCAUGCUACUCAAUCUGUCGCACACUUCAGCACCGAGUUCACAUUCCGUAUCGACACUCGUGGUAACGAUAACUACAGUGACGGAUUUGCUAUUUUCCUGGCUCCUGUGGGAUAUCCAAUUCCACCCAAUUCUGCUGGUAGUGUUCUUGGAUUGUUCAAUAGCACCACUGCACUGUCCCGUAACCAAAUUGUCUCAAUUGAGUUUGAUACGUUCAAAAAUGCAUGGGAUCCCCCAGCACCCCAUGUUGGGAUCAAUAUCAAUAAUAUAUCAUCUGCCGUUACUUCCAACUGGAACUUCAAUAGCACAAAGGUGGCCAAGGCACGGAUAGCUUACAAUGCUACAACCAAGAUCCUCAGCGUUCACUGGACAGACGAGGACACCCCAGGUCCUAGUUCUGCUACUCUUUCUUACCAUGUUGAAUUCCCCGAUAUCUUGCCAGAAUGGGUUAUGAUUGGUUUUUCAGCUGCUACAGGAAGAUCCACUGAGAACCAUAUUAUAUAUUCAUGGAAAUUUAAUUCCCAGUCGGAUUUUGAUGAGCUUAGUACUAGCGGAAAAUGGAAGACAUUUUGGAUAAUGGUGACCAUUGCAAUUCCUUCGUUUAUUUUGGUAGUUGGUGUGGCCUUGUGUAGGCUGUUGGUAAAUAGGCAGAUAAUUAAGAAUACUAAAGGACAUGAAUACUACUUGAAUGCUGCAGUUCCUUCCAUAACUAGAGAUCUGGAGAGACUAGCAUUGCCAAGAAGAUUUGCUUAUCGAGAGCUAGUUGCCGCCACCAUUGGUUUCGCAAAUGAUAGGAGGCUAGGCCAAGGAGGCUCGGGACAGGUUUAUAGAGGAGUCAUACCAGAACUUGGCUGUGUGGUUGCUGUGAAGAGAAUCUUUGCUGAGUCUGAGCACUAUGAGAAGAUUUUCGUCAACGAAGUGAAAAUCAUAAGCAGCUUAAUACACAAAAACCUGGUGCAGUUCAUUGGAUGGUGUCAUGAGCAAGGUGAAUGCUUACUUGUCUAUGCAUACAUGCCCAACAGCAGCCUUGAUACUCAUCUCUUUGGGAGCAGAACAACCUUGCAGUGGGAUUUCCGGUACAAGAUAGCCGUAGGCUUAGCCUCGGCGCUUCAUUAUCUACAUGAAGAUGCAGAGCAAUGUGUUCUUCACAGGGAUAUUAAGUCAGCAAACAUCCUGUUGGACAAUGAUUUCAGCACUAAACUUGGGGAUUUCGGGAUUGCUAAGCUUGUGGAUCCACGGUUGAGGACUAAGACAACUGGGGUGGCAGGGACCUUCGGCUACAUGGCCCCAGAAUAUGCUUUUCAUGGGAGGGCUAGCAAAGAGUCGGACAUGUUUAGUUUUGGAGUUGUAGCCUUGGAGAUUGCUUGCGGAAGGCAGACUUACCAGGAUGGCGAUUAUCACAUGCCACUUUUCGAGUGGGUGUGGCAGCUCUACCUUGCAGGACAUGUUCUUAAGGCGACAGACGACAGAUUAGGCGUGAAAUAUGAUCAGAAAGAAAUGGAAUGCUUGUUAAUCGUGGGAUUAUGGUGCACUCACCUAAACAGUAAGGAGAGACCAAAAGCAGGACAAGUUAUGAAGGUUCUUCUGCAUGAAGCGCCAUUGCCACAACUUCAGCACAAUAGGCAAACGCAUUAUCAUAGUCAAUAUGCAGAAUAG